AUGAUCGACAGAAUUGCUGAAAACAUUCUUCGAGUUUCAGUGUGCGAUGAAGGAGAACUUGAGAAAAGCACAUCUUAUUUGAUAGGAUCGCGAAAAAUUGAGCCAGAGCAAUGGAUAACGUGGGCGAGUGAAUGCAAAUACCUCCCAGAAUCUGACGCCGUCGCGCUCUGUGCAACAUUGAUAGAUCGUCUUUCGAUGGAAUCAAACGUUGUUCCAGUUUCGUCGCCAGUUACAAUUUGUGGAGACAUUCACGGACAAUUUUACGAUUUACUUGAGCUCUUCAAAACUGGUGGUACUGUUCCGAACACAAAAUACGUGUUCAUGGGCGACUACGUGGAUCGUGGACACUACAGUCUGGAAACCGUGACACUCCUCUUCUGUCUUCUUCUCAAGUAUCCAAAUCACAUUACUCUUCUCCGUGGAAAUCACGAGUCCCGACGUAUUUCAAACGUAUACGGAUUUUAUGAUGAAUGUCAGAACAAGUACGGACACGGAAACGUUCACAAGUGGUUCUGCAAAGUGUUUGAUGUACUUCCAAUCGGAGCUCUCAUCGAUGAUUCAGUUAUCUGUGUGCAUGGAGGACUUUCUCCUGAUAUACGGACGAUCGACAGUCUGAUGCUGCUGGACAGAGCCCAAGAGGUUCCAAAUAAAGGACCUCUAUGCGACAUAAUGUGGUCGGAUCCAGAUGAUGAGGUUGAGGAUUGGGUCAUAAGUCAAAGAGGAGCUGGUUUUGUGUUCGGAGCAAAAGUUACUGAGGAGUUUUUGAUGAAUAACAAUCUGUCUCUUCUCUGCCGAUCACAUCAGCUUGUUGAUGAAGGAUUCAAGUACAUGUUCAAAGAAAAACUUGCUACUGUUUGGUCAGCUCCUAACUACUGUUACCGUUGCGGAAAUGCUGCGGCAGUCUUCGAAAUCGAUGGAAGCAAUCGCGUAACGAAAUAUUUCAAUGCAGUCCCAGACGGUAGUCGUGAGAAGCCGGAACGUGUAGUUGCGCCUUAUUUCCUUUAA